AUGACAAAUAAAAUAGUUAUUAAUUUAGCCAGAACAUCCAAGAUAUUUCAACCUUUACCAAGCGGAAUAUUUGCUAAUAAAGAUAAAACAGAAAUUUUAUCUAAAAGUUACAAGUUAAUGAUUAAUUAUGGAAUUAUUAAAUCAGUUAGUACUGGCAUGUAUUCUAUAUUACCAUUGGGAAUGCGAGUUUUAAAUAAGUUAAUCAAAAUCAUUGAUAAAGAAAUGACAGAUUUGGGUGCAGAGAAAAUUAUGCUACCAGCAUUAACUUCUGCUAAACUGUGGAAGAAAUCUAAUAGAUAUAACUCUAAUAAAACUGAACUAUUUACUGUUACUGAUAGACAUGACAAAGAAUAUAUAUUAAGCCCAACAUAUGAAGAAGCAAUCUGUGACUUGGUAUCAGCAACAUAUUUGCCUGAAAAAUCAUUACCUUUGAGAUUGUAUCAAAUUUCAAGCAAGUGGCGAGAUGAAAUGAAACCACGGCUUGGUUUUAUACGUAGCAGAGAAUUUAUCAUGAAGGACUUAUAUACAUUUGACACUACUUUGAAUAAGGCACAAGAUACAUACAAUCUGGUUUGCGAAUCUUAUAGUAAUAUUUUUAAACAGAUUGGUAUAGAUCAUAUGAAGGCGGUUGGCGAUGUUGGAACAAUUGGGGGUUUAUCGUCACAUGAAUACCAUUAUAUCUCUGAUAUUGGUGAAGAUGUUAUACUUUGGUGCUCUUCAUGCAAUUAUACUAUUAAUGAAAUAAUUUCCAAAAUAACAACUUGUCCAGAGUGUAAAGGUGAAUUACAGCGACAUAAUUCCGUCGAGAUAGGACAUACGUUUUUAUUAAAUACAAAAUAUUCGCAACCGUUAAAUGCAAUGUACAUAGAGAAUAAUAAAUUAAAACCUAUGAUAAUGGGUUGUUAUGGUCUGGGAGUAAGUCGUAUUUUCGCAUUAAUUGUUGAGAUACUAUCGACAAAUAAUGAGAUGAGGUGGCCUACAAAGUUAGCACCAUAUACAGCAUGCAUCAUACCUCCAAAGACUGGAAGUAAAGAAGAAUAUAUAUCUGCCUACAUUGAGCAACUGUUCGAGAUUCUCCAAAAACGUGAUAUCGACACAAUAUUGGAUGAUCGCACACAAUUCACAAUCGGUAAACGACUUGUAUAUGCACGUGCAAUUGGUUAUCCUUAUAUAAUUGUUAUUGGCAAAGCGGCAACUCAGUCGAUACCCUUAUUUGAAAUUCACGACAUAAACAAUUCAGUUUCGCAUAAAUUAUCAUUGGAGCAAAUAAGUGGUUUUUUCGAUAAUGUAAAUUUGCAAGAUUAAACGAGAAUAUACAUAUAGGACAUGUGUAUGUGUGUGUGUGUGUGUAUCUAUAGAAAGUGAGGAAACUAAAUAUUAACG